CCUCGCUCUAGAUAGGUGCCUGGCUGCCUCACGAAGCACCAUUGAAUUGGCGCCAGCAGAACUCGACAGAUUCAGAAUCUGACAGAAGUUAGAUUUCAGUGCUCCUACAAUCCGCUUUCAGAAUGCAACAACACUAGCUGGCGCAGUGGCGGCAUUGGGCUCACUUUCUCGCGAACGGCCAGAAUCUGGCCUGACUAAACUAUUGCUCUUUGACAAACAGGCAGCAAAAAGUUGCAUUCGAUACACGUUCUGAAUUUGACAGCAGACGACGCAAUUACAUUGCUGCCUUGGUUGCUGAUUGAUCGUUCAAUUUCGAAGACAAUAGCUCAUCCAAGCUCAUCUACAGAGAAUCCAUCUCAGAUUCGCAGUGAUUCAAUCAAACCGUAUGCAACCUGAGUUUGUGUUUGGUUGAUUACAAAGUCGGCUGGGGCUGGACCCUAUUGAAAAGAUCAAGGGAGCCGCAAGGCAUCUGAUUGUAGGCAAAAUGACAGAUCUGUUGUAUUGCCGGGACGUAGCUUCUGGCACACAGUGUCUCCUCGACACUGGCAAGCGCGCAACUCACAGGAUACUCCUACAGAAUAAGCUCUGCACGCUCCGAUUCCGGCACAAUGUGGGACCUCUUAAUCCCUCAUUGCAGAAAUUGAAUGCGCAAAGAAAGGUCCAUCGAAGGAGGUUUCAAGUGACGGCGGAGAGCAAAGACCCCGGUAGGAAAUCAAAGCUGAGCUUCGGUGAUCAGUUGCUGGAUUACAUUGAGGGGGGGCCAAAGCUGCGAAAGUGGUACGGUCAAGAAGAGGCGGCGCCGCGGGACGGUGGAAUUGAAGAAGGAAAACCGGCACCCCUCCCCAAGCAAACGUACUCGGGCCCUAAAGACGCCAUCCUAGUUACCGACGCCGACAGCCCCACCGGCCAGCUCGUCGUUCUUUCCCUCAUCCUCGCGCGAAAGCGCGUCCGAGCGCUCGUCCGAGAUGCCAAAGAAGCAAAAGCCUCUUUCGGACCGUACGUAGAACCGAUCGUUGGCGAAGUGAAAGAUGGGGAAAGCGUGGAGAAAGCGAUGGGGGAGGGGGUGCGAGCGGUGAUUGUGACAACUAGAGUCGGGAGCGUCGUGGACGUGGCCAGGAGGGCGGGCGUCGAGCAUAUUGUGCUGCUGUCACAGGUCGGGACCUCGAAACAGAAGGAUGGCGGCGGCUUGUGGGGCUUCAAAUCAUUGCGGGGCUACCUAGACGAUGAGGCCAGCGUGGCGGGGAGCGGCGUUCCGUACACGAUCGUGAGAGCCGGGAAGCUGACGGACCAACCGGGGGGCCAAACCGGAAUCUCCUUUGGGCAGGGCGACAUCUUAAGGGGUACAAUUAGCCGAGAGGACGCCGCAGCUAUUUGUGUUCAAGCCCUAGAAACCAUUCCUGCUUCGGCUCUCGUUUUUGAGGCCGUGAGCGACAAGCAAACGGCGUCCGUAGAAAUUGGAGAAGCCAUCAAAGGCCUUGUUGGGGAGGUUCUUUCAUGAACACGGUUGCUUUUGAUAGUUUGCUAUUGUCAAAAUGGGCGGAAGACAGGAUGAUGUCCACUUCAGGCAAUCUACGGUGCAGAGAGCCCAGAUCCGCUGUACUUUCAAUCUCAUUCGUCACGAGAAUCUCAUACUCACUGAUAUCCAUUUCCCGAGCUUUGACAUCCAACGCCCACUUUGAGCAUCUGUUGUGCGAUUGCUGACCACGGGGCACCUAUAAGAGCCAGUUUCGUGCGGAUCAAUUGAAUGUGAGAUGGAGCGAUUGGAGUGUUCCGCCGACCAUAAGCAAACCUUUAUUCGGUCCCAAACG